UUGGACGCUUAGUGCUGGAGCUGUUUGCUGAUGUCUGCCCUAAAACGGCUGAGAACUUCCGUGCAUUAUGCACUGGAGAGAAAGGAAUUGGACCCACAACUGGAAAGCCACUCCACUUCAAAGGCUGUCCUUUCCAUAGGAUUAUAAAGAAGUUCAUGAUCCAGGGAGGAGACUUUUCCAAUCAGAAUGGAACUGGAGGAGAAAGCAUUUAUGGAGAGAAAUUUGAAGAUGAAAGUUUUCAUUAUAAGCAUGAUUGUGAGGGGCUGCUCAGCAUGGCUAAUGCAGGCCCAAACACCAAUGGUUCUCAGUUCUUCAUCACAACCGUCCCCACGCCUCAUCUGGACAACAAACAUGUGGUCUUUGGUCGAGUGCUGAAAGGAAUGAGAGUGGUAAAGAUGCUGGAAAAUAUAGAGGUGAAAGACGAGAAGCCUGUAAAGCUGUGUGCUAUAGAAGAUUGUGGACAGAUAGAAGGUGAUGACUGGGGUUUAGCUCCUAAUGAUGGUUCAGGGGAUGCUUACCCAGAUUUCCCAGAGGAUGCUGAUGAUCAGGUGGACGAUGUUGAUAAAAUUAUAGCUAUUGCAGAAGACUUGAAGAAUAUUGGUAACAACUUAUUUAAAUGCCAAGACUGGAAUAUGGCCCUCACGAAGUACGCCAAGGCUUUAAGAUAUGUGAGUAAUUUUGGAAUUGAAAAGGAUGAUGAAGAAAAUUCCUCAUAUAAAAAGUUGGAAGAUCUUGCAGUGAGUUGCAAUCUGAACCAAGCAGCCUGCCAGCUGAAACUGUGUGACUGGACUGGAGCUAUUGAGAAUUGUGAUACGGCUUUUGAAAUUGAUCCGUCAAACACUAAAGCGUUGUAUAGAAGGGCUCAAGCAUUGCAGGCACUCAAGAAUUAUGAUCAGGCUCUGGCUGAUCUUAAGAAAGCCCAAGAAGUUGCACCAGAAGACAAAGCCAUAAACAGUGAAAUACUCCGAGUGAAGCAGAAGAUAAAGCAAGAGAAGGAGAAAGAGAGGGCAGUUUAUGCAAAAAUGUUCGCCUGAUGAUUGUGGUCUGGACUCGCAUUUCCAAUGAGCCGUUGUGUGGUUAACGUAAAUGUUUUUUUUAAAGUCUUGAUGCUCAGAAAACGUGUGAAUUUGUUUUUGCAGCCAGUUUAUGACCUAGACAAAACUAAAUCAAUUGGAGGGGAAAAAGUGUGCUGAUACAGUAUUGUAUGGGAAUAAGUGAGAAAAUUGUUGGUAAAUACAACAACAAAUUACAUUUAUAUAGCACUUUCAUGUUGGGAGGAUGUCCCAAGGUGUUGGGCAGUCAAGGGUUUGCCCCUGAGCUGGGGAUUGGAAUUGGGAAGGCUGGAGGGCAAGGGAGGAUGAUCGAAUUAACAAUCAAACAGGAAGGUCUUGAAGGAGGUAAGGGAGAUGGGUGAGGUAAAGUGAUUCUGGGAUGGAGUUCCAGAAGGUGGUGUCAGAAAGACUUAAGGCCUGACAUGGAGCAGACCAGUGUAUAGUUGAGCAAAUGUUUCAUCUUAACUGAGAAGAGUUAGCUACAGACUUGGAAAACUUCAAGCCUUAUCUAAUUCAGCAUGACAGAAACAAAAGUUGUUCAGCAGUUCCCUGUGACAUAUGCUAAUAUGUUUAUGUAACUCUUUGGUUAGUAUCCUGUACAUGCAUCGAUGUUUUUUGUCUGUCUCUGAAGAGAUUGUUACUUCUGUAAAUGAUUUCCUAGAAUGUUUUCGUGUAGAAGAAUCACUUCCAAGUUUCAGUGUUAAAAAAAUAUAGUAUGCCUUGCACGUCAGGCAUAUUCUACUGUAUUCACCAACAAUUUUCUUAUUCAUUUCUCACAACUGAAAGGUGCCGUUGACAAAUUGCUGUCAGGCCAAUCAAAUGUAAGCCUCCUUAAAUACAGUGAACCACUGGUUGGGCUGCGUUAAGAUUUGUGUUUUGCCCCCCAGUCUAAUAUCUUGUUUGCUGUGUGAAAUUAAAGCGGAAAAUAUUUAAUGUUGAUGGUACAAACAACCCCCUAUAUUGUUUGGCAAUCUAAUGAGCAUGUAAUGUUGCUACAUGUGCACGAUAUCACAAUGAACUACAAAACGAAAUGGCUCGUUUUCUCAAUAAAAUAUUUGAGAUUUUUUUCUGUA